AGGUGGCCGCGCCGCGCCCACCCUCCGCCAGCGGUGGGCCCCGCCGCGCACCCACGGCCACUGCGACCUCGUGCCGGCAGCCGCGGCAGGCGCGCGGCAGGCGCGGCCCCAUGGGGCCCUUGCGGCGGCGGCCGCGGUGCUUGCUCGUGGCCGUCGCGGCCGCGUGCCUCCUAGCGUCCUCGCGCUUGCCCGCGCUCGUGGGCGGGGCCUGCCGCCCGGCCCGGCGCGCGCCGGCGGGGGAGGCGCGGGCCGGCCAGCGCAGGUGCCAGGGGGAGGCGGCCGCCGGGCCGCCCGCCGUGGAGGGGAUCCCCGGUCGCAGCGACGACGCGAACUUCGAGCAGCGGGCGUCGGUCCAGCGCUGACAUCGACGGCGGCCUCGGGAACCCGCUGGAGGGCGUCGAUCUCACCGGCGGGGACGCGCCCUACUGGCUCUACCACUUGGGGCGCUUCGGCUUCUUCGCCGCGCAGGGCCUCCUCAGCGUGAACGUUGCGGAGGCCGCCCUGGCGCUCGACCGCGCUCGUGGCGCCACCAGUGCGGGCUCCGCGACGCCACAGUUCCUCAGCCGGCUGUCGCAGGCUCCCGGGGAGUUCGUCCGGGGUCUAUCCCAGACAACCGUCGCAACUUUUCGCCAGGAUCUCGACUACAUCAGAAGCGGAUACUUCAAGGCCCCCUUUGACAUGUCCCCGAGCCACCGGCAGUGGUCGCCCGCCUUCGUCGCCGAAAAGAGCCUGCAGUAUGUGCAGGAGGCUGUUGGUGUACUCCAGCGCAGCGCGGAAAAGAGCGACACGAGGACUUGGAUGAGUUCCGGAGAUGAUAUGUAUCCGCCCUACUACCGGCACACAUUCCACUACCAGGCUGACGGUUGGCUCUCAUCGCGAAGUGCUGAAGUGUACGAAACCUCGACGGAGGUCAUUUUUACAGGACGCCAGGAUGCGAUGCAGCGUACCUCGUUGGUGCACAUAUCAGAUCAUUUGCACAAUAUCAUGGCCGACCGUAGUGGGAAAGGAGUGCGGCUCUUGGAAGUUGCAUGUGGCACAGGGAGGCUGAUGACCUUCGUCCGGGACAACUGGCCCGGCAUGGACGUGACGGCGUCGGAUCUCAGCCCUUUCUAUUUGGAGGAGGCGCGGAAGAACAACGCUUACUGGGUGGACAACUUCGCACCCAAGGGGGACAUUGGGCAGGCGAGCUUUGUCCAGGCCAACGCCGAGCGCUUGCCCUUCGAAGACGCCAGCUUCGACAUCGUCCUGUCCGUGUACCUUUUCCACGAGGUGCCCGCCGAAGCACAGGACAACAUCGUUGCUGAGGUCGCGCGCGUCCUUGCCCCGGGCGGGACCUUCGUGCUGACAGACUCGAUCCAGCUGGGCGACAGGCAAAUCCAGGAUCAGCAGAUUGAUAAGUUCGGCGGCUUUGCCGAGCCGUACUACAUGUCUUAUGUGCGCAGGGAUUUGGCCGAGUUGGCCCGGGCUCACGGCCUGGAGCCUGGAGCCAAGGAGCUGUCCGCGGCGACCAAGUCGGUCACGUUUGUCAAGCGCCAUGCGGUUGAUGCUGGCCUCUCGGCAGGCACCGUGUAGAAGUUCUUCCAGAGUGCAGCGGAGUGGGGUAGUUACCUUGGUGGCGAUCUCGCUGUGCCAUGUGGUUGUUUUUUGGAUUGGUUCUGGUGCUUCUUCUGUGCAGGAUGGUUUCUUUCGCUUUGCCACGUGCAACACAAAUCCUGCAACAUAACCCCUCGAAGGAAAUCAACGAUGCUUGCUUCCUCGCUUUUUCAUCCUCUUCCCCCUUUCCUCCUCCCUCCUCCUCCCUGCCGCCCCCGCUUCCUCCCCCCAUCCUUUUCACUCCUCCUCCCGCCUCCUCCCGGUGGAGGUCGACGCUGGUGAGGGCGGGGCCUCCCAGUAAGGGAAACUCUCGGUAGUCUCUUCCCGAGUGCGGGACGGCGGCUCCCGCCCGGAGUGCGUCGUCCAGGGGCGAACUGGAGGCCGGAGGCGCAUCGCCGGCCGCCUCCAGCAGCUCCGCCCGGUAGCGGGUGGCCAGGGCGUGCACUUCCUUCUGAUGAGGGGGGGUGCCGUGCUGCCGCCACAGCGAGGAGGCGGCGGUGCUCAGGAGCAUGCACUGCCCUCCCUCCGGUUCGCCUUCCUGCAGCCCCAGCUUCUCCCGCAUGAGCUGGGCAUGGGGCCCCGUGGGGUGGAGGUAUGCCCCGCGUGCGCCGCGGAACAGGCCUGAGUCGUCUCCACUCACUCUCACGCGUCGUGUCUCGCGCAAGCCUCGAAUCUCGCUUGGGCCGAAAUGGCUAUCUGUGCGCCCUCGGGUGCAGAAGCGUUCAUGCGAAUGCCCAGAUACGCCGCUCAGGCCGCACGUACUUGAAAAACCGAGUACGGCCCCACGAAGGACCCCCAGGAAAGGCUUAAGGCAACGCGUUGCAAUGCGGAGCGACGCGGCGCUAUGCAACGCAAUGCUGUAUUUUGUGAUGUUUUGAAUAUGCCAUGACGCGACAGACUGGUAUCCGCCACUGUGCCUGCACGGAUUGUGCGUAUUGGAGUGGCCCUCUGUUGAACAGUUGGUGUUAAAUUUCGUGGUUAAGCCGACCCUCUCGUUUCACGCGUGCUUGCAAAACCGUCCCCAUCGGACUGUGCUCUCUGGCGCCCUAUUCGGCCUCCAAUCGGCUCCAAAAGAAGCACAUGCCGCCCGAGCAUAACGAAGCUCGCCCCAAGACGGCCCCGAAAGCCCCCAAGACGGCCGCAAGACUGCC